AUGGUUGACCCUGAUCUAUUUGGUCGUAACGGUACAAACUAUGGUCAAUUUAAACACUGGCUCGUAGUGAACAUCGCCGGCGCUGACCUUCAAAAUGGUCGGCAAUUAACCGAAUUUAUACCAUCGGUGCCCUCGAGAGGCACCGGAUUUCAUAGGUAUGUGUUUUUGGUGUACAAACAGCCGGAUGUGAUGCCAACCGACAACCGGACAGAAGUUGGCGGACAGUCUUAUAGUCUGGAAGGCAGACUGUUUUGGGAUAUUAGGGCCUUUGCCGCAAAAUAUCACCUAGGACAACCAAUUGGCAUUAAUUACUACUUGGCACAGUUUGACAGCUAA